GGCUGUUGCUAUCAAUAUGGCGGUUGUCAGCCAGACAAAGACAGUCAGUCUGAUGUGAUUGAGACAAGGGAGGUUUUCAGGGGGAGACUGGGAGAUAGGGGGCUCCCCUCCCCCCGCUGCUCUUCCUGCUUGGGCCUGGAGCCCUCCUCAGCCCCUCCCGCAGGGCGCCCCGCGGUGAAGAUCCCCUCCCCCUCCCGCCUUCCUCCUCCCUCCCUCCCUCAGCCUUGCUCUGGGACGCUGGGGAGGGGGCUGAGCCUGGUGCAGAGAACUCAGCUGGGCUUCCGAGAAUGGUAAAUAAGGCUGGCCGUCUCUGGAAAGGCCACUGAUCCGCCUCAUGUAAAGUAUGCUCAGUUCCUUCCCAGUGGUUUUGCUGGAAACCAUGUCUCACUAUACAGAUGAACCCAGAUUUACCAUAGAACAGAUAGAUCUGCUCCAACGUCUCCGGCGUACUGGGAUGACCAAACAUGAAAUUCUCCAUGCAUUAGAAACUUUGGACCGUCUUGAUCAAGAGCAUAGUGAUAAGUUUGGAAGGAGAUCCAGCUACGGGGGAAGCUCCUAUGGGAAUAGUACCAACAAUGUUCCAGCAUCUUCCUCUACAGCCACAGCUUCUACGCAGACCCAGCACUCCGGAAUGUCCCCAUCACCCAGCAACAGUUAUGAUACCUCCCCACAACCUUGCACUACCAAUCAAAAUGGGAGGGAGAACAACGAUCGAUUGUCCACAUCCAAUGGGAAGAUGUCGCCAUCUCGCUACCAUGCCAACAGCAUGGGUCAGAGGUCAUAUAGCUUUGAAGCCUCAGAAGAGGACCUAGAUGUAGAUGAUAAAGUGGAGGAAUUAAUGAGGAGGGACAGCAGUGUGAUAAAAGAGGAAAUCAAAGCCUUUCUUGCCAAUCGGAGGAUUUCCCAAGCAGUUGUUGCACAGGUAACAGGUAUCAGUCAGAGCCGGAUCUCUCAUUGGCUGUUGCAGCAGGGGUCAGACCUGAGUGAACAGAAGAAAAGAGCAUUUUACCGAUGGUAUCAACUUGAGAAGACAAACCCUGGGGCUACGUUAAGUAUGAGACCAGCCCCUAUUCCAAUAGAGGACCCUGAAUGGAGACAAACACCUCCUCCAGUCUCUGCCACACCUGGAACCUUCCGACUCCGGCGGGGGAGUAGAUUUACCUGGAGAAAGGAGUGCCUAGCUGUUAUGGAAAGUUACUUCAAUGAGAAUCAAUACCCAGAUGAAGCAAAGAGAGAAGAGAUUGCCAACGCUUGCAAUGCAGUCAUACAGAAGCCAGGUAAGGAGGUGAGCUCAGAGGGCAACGCUCGGUUACAUUCAGUGGUCUGUACACUCACUCUCGUGCAGGUCCCUGCCCAGUGUUCUCCAAGCAGUCAGUACUCCUGGGAGCUAUUUGCUUUUUUCGAAGAAGCAGCAAUCCUGGAGAGUCAUGGGAUAGACGUACAGAGUCCAGGAGGCCACUCCAACAGUGAUGACGUGGACGGGAACGACUACUCCGAGCAGGACACUUGGCAAGCACGCAAUGGGGAGGAGGAGGAGGGAAGAAGUUCAGAGGGAGGCAGAGAAGCAGAGAAGGAUGACAGCACGAGCCAUAGUGACCACCAAGAUCCCAUCUCACUAGCUGUGGAGAUGGCAGCCGUCAACCACACUAUCUUGGCAUUGGCCCGGCAGGGAGCCAAUGAGAUCAAGACAGAGGCCCUGGAUGAUGACUGAUCAGGGAGGAUCACACAGUUACUUAGUUUAGACGUAGCACCUUAGCAGACUUUCCUCGGUCCUUAACAUGUGUUCUUACAGUAUAACUUACAGUUUCUUGUAUGUCAGGUAGCCGUUAGGAUCUUGUUCUGUGAAGAUGGCAUGGUGCCCUCCGCCUUUGCAUAUACUCUCUCAGUAUUAAAAUCCCAGUAAGUAAUAACCAACCAACCAAACAUCCCUCUCCCAGCCCCUGAGGCUAAAGAAAUCUUGCUGCUCCGUCUUAGCAUUCCAAGAAAGUGCUUCCAGGUAUAUAGAUAACCCUCAGUUCUCAAGUAGUAGGCUCUGUGUAAAAUCUUGGGUACCUUUAGAUUCAUGUAACACUAGGCUGUACCCUGUUCCUGCCCCAAGACUGACAGGAUGCAAGCUGAGGUAGUGGCACAGGACCAACAGACACCAUCCAGGAAGUAUCCACGGAGCGCAAGGAACACUAGAGCCCCGCCUCAGCCGGAGAGUCAUUGAUUUCAGCUGCAAUAAGCCGUGCCUCCUAGUCACACCGUGACUAGACUAUACUUCUUUGGGUGCUGUGCUAAGAACGUCAUUGGAAUCCCGAGCUCAGACCUUGGUUAGUGUUAAUAUGGCCAACACAAACAUCCUUUCCUCUCGCAAGCUGUGUGACUUAGUAGAUAACAUACUGCCUUCUGCCUUUGGGACCACGAUCCUAAAAUGAAAAAAAAGACAAAAAAAAAAACCACGUUCUGAAAAAGCAGAACCCAGCUUGAGAGCAUAGUGGAAAGCAUGAGCUGAGUAUCAGAUGGAUGCUAAGCCCAGUUCUCAGAGCCGCUAAACAUUCCACAGCGUGGUGCCAGCCUUCCCGGGAGAGUGCUGGAGAUACCAUGCAAGUCGCUUUGUCUCCUUGGUGCCCCCUCCCUGCUACCAAACACGUCUCUGAGGAUAGAGCUGAGGUCAAGUGAGUGAAAGGUCAGGCUUUGUACCCAUCACCUGAAGCCUCCCAGGGUUGCUAGAACUCUCCUGGGGACUGGGCUGCCUCGACUGUCACAGAUGCAGAUCCUUGCCUAGCUAGGGGCAGAAAAAAGCAGGGGACAUUUACCACUUAUAUCCUGAGUGUGGGGCGCAGCAGGAUGUGUCUGCUCUGUUCCCAUUACUCUGUCCUUGUGGAGGUGUGAAAGCUAUAUUGCUAUAGGCAAUUUAUUUAAUAAUUGGAAGCCAUAUUGAUAAUGGAUGUGGUAAUAUUUGUAGUUUAAUCUACUUUAAGCGGCAGUAACUAAUGGAAUUUUUUUCCUUGAUCACAUAUGUAGCACUUUUGUUACUUUUUAAAGAUAUUUAUAUUUGAUAAAUCUUUUUUUCAUUUUUGAGAACUCAAAAUACCAAACAGUGAACUUAUGUUAUAAAGUCACCCUGUGAUCACCUUGUCAUCUAGUAGCAAAAUGAUGAACUAUUCAUGCAUCAAAGGAAAUUACAUCUGCUGGCCUUGUAUGAAAAUGAUCCUGGCAACCUGAUUAAAUGACACACUGUCACUGUGGGCAAGAAGAAGCAGCCUUCAGUGUGUUCCACAGUGUGCGUCUGAGAGAGGCUAAGUGUUUUCUGCCUCAUCCCAUCUCUCCUCUGGGUGUCCGACAAAGCCUUGUUUGGAGGGCAGUGUGGAGUGGGCCAUUAAGCAGGGCUUCCGUCUUUUUGUCCAUUACCUGAACCAAUUUCUAAGACAGAAAGUAGGCACUAUCUCCUUAGCUCCUCCUUCACCAAAUGUGUUUAACUUCAGAGCUGUUGAGAGAGGAGGGCACACUGACCCUCCUUCUCUCCUUCUUGCUGGCGGAUGCUCAGUAUCCACAGCACUUAGCUGGUCUUACUGGGGCACACCCUGACUGGAUGAUCCCUUUAGCUGUCAGUCUUGGUUACAUGAAUGUGAGGAGUCAUCUUUAAGGGGCCUGAGGAUGCCACCCCACCUACGUCUGAGACUUUGAAGAGCACUAGGUAGGGCCUGGUCCUGCUCCUGUCUAUGGAUUUCAGGGGAAACGUGUGUUUUUCCCAGCUCCGAAAACUGAAGUAAAAUGGAGCCAUCUUCUCUUACUGUAGUACUUGAACCCACAAAUUUAAGAGUAGCAUUUCUUAUUCUCAGGAACGAGCGCCCCACACCUACUUAGAAUCUUCCAUGGUUUAUUUGAUUUAUUUUAUUUCACUUAGGAGAUUGCAUUGUCUUUCUUUGCUUUUGUUUACUCAGAGGAAUAUACCUAUUGUGUCUUUCCAUUGUGGUCGGGUUUUGUCUGCUCAUUCUCAGUUGAAUCAGAAUGAACAGGAGGGGGAACCAUAUUUUUCUGAUGAGCCACAUCCAUGAUUUACCACGAGGUCAUUGUAACCGAUGAUUUCUUUAUGGUGCCAUUGCUCUUGUCAUUUGUUCUCGCUCACCUUGUCAAGGGAACAGACUUCAGCUGUUCCGACAGCUCCAGUUUCUAAGGGAACUCUGACUGCAACAGAAAAGCAAACCCUUCUGUUGUCCUAAGACCUUUGAGAGAGAAGAAUGCAGCAGGGGAUACGGCUGAGGCUAGAGCUGGCUGAUGCAGGCAGUUCCAGCUCUGUGUGACAGUGUGGUGGCCCUGGGAGGGCACAGCUGCCACAGUGGCUGGUCCUGCUGCUGGAGAAACUGCCGCAUGCCCACAGACUCACAGCCUUACACCGAACCUGCGCUUUCUGACCCACAGUGGGAAUUUGCUUCUUUGGGAACAAGGUUCAAAUCUACUGUCAGGUGGUUUCCUGGGGGUCACCGGGUUCCACUUUUGUGUCCUGGUCCCUGAGCUCUCGGGAUGGCCUCAGAGCUGCCACAUUCACUCCUCCUUUGGGUGGUAAAUCUUUCCUGAAGAUUUUCCGGGUUUUGGGUAUCAAAUUAGAAACUUAAGCCUCCCAGCUGAAAGGAAAAGAGCUGUGCUCUUGCUUGCCUGUCUCUGCUCUUAGCUCCUCCUGUACUUCUGUGGCCCCGGAGAUCUCUGUCAGGAGUUGUGCCUUCUUGACCAAUGAAGAUGUUGAAGGGAGGGGAGCAGGCAUUCAGAGAGUGUGCUGUGGUUUUAUUUUUUUCAGGCACUUUGAGUUACUAUUGCUGGGUAGGAAGGCAACUUCUCACCUUCUAGUACCUUACAUGACGACCUGUUAACAAAGGACCAUCUUAAGAUAUUCCUGCCUAUCUAAAGACAGUCGCAGCCAGCAGCAGAGGAUAGCCAGGAAGGGCAGUACAGUGCUCUCCUGUGCGACUGUGCACUGCCCUCAGUUCACAACAGCCACACAAGGCAGGCUAAGGAGGAGGGACCUGGGAUGGGGAGGCAGACAGCCCCUUGGUUCCGUGACCUUGGAAAGACAAGAGUGAGCUGGAAGCCUGUUUGGACUCCUGUACCCCACUCCAGAACUCCAGUUCCUGGGAGGUUCAUCAUUCAGCCACACCUAGUUUUUUAGGAGCAGAUACCUGGAUUUAUUUUCACCUCGUGGGGAUAGAAUACAGAGAGCUGUGAUACAGUCAUCUCAGCUCUCUAGCUUUAGGAAUUCUUGCUUUAAAUUCUUCUUGGCCACAGUCAUCAGGCACCAGCGAUAGAGGUGGUCCACCGGGACACUCCGUCUCUCUCCAUCCUCUCCUUCUAUUUUGUGUCAGCACUGCAUCUCUGUCUGGAGCGGACUUCACGUGACAUUUUCUCUCGUCUGAUCACAAUCUUAGUGGGUAGCCUUAGUCCAGACUCGAACCCUCCUUCCUCUUUUGGGUAGCCAAACCUCCAUUUGCCACGCCCACUUCCUUUGUCUACACUGAGAAUAAUCCCCUUUCCACAAUGACUUCUCUAGUCUGUUCUAAGAAUGUUUCCUUCAAAUCUUUGUUCUCUCUCAUCCCAAAAAGGAUUUGGUUAGAAGCAGAAUCACUCACUGCAUCCCCUUUUAUUGUUUUCGAGACAGGGUUUCUCUGUGUAGCCCUGGCUGUCCUAGAACUCACUCUGUAGACCAGAGUUGGCCUAGAACUCAGAGACUCACCAGCCUCUGCUUCCCGAGUGCUGAGAUUAUGGGCAACAUUCCCCCAGGCGGUGGUGGGUUACGCCUUUAAUCCCAGCACCUGGAAGGCAGAGGUAGACCAACCUCUGUGAGUUUACCACCA